AUGUCGAUAAUAAUUGAAGAAUCCGACGAAAUACCAUGCUACAGUUGUGUGCAAAUGCGUAAAAUAUUUUUACUGGUGGCCGUAUCAUCUUUGCUACCAAUGAUUUUGUUUAUGGCGUUGCUGCUACUUCUGUCAGCAAGAAAGCCACAAUUAGAAGACUCUACGAGUACCAUUGUAGAAUUUGUGUUUGGGUUGUUAUAUUUACAUCUGUUUGUAGCAACAUUCAUGAUGCUGGCGAGUUAUUUGAAGCGGCGUAGUCCAGUGAGAUACCAAUGCGUUUACCUUCUCUUCCACGCUGUGUGUAUGCUUUUAUUCUUUAUAUCCUCUUUGUUAUUAACUAUUAUUAAUCAGUCAUAUGCUCUAGCUAUGUGUUUGGUAGUUCUAUGUGCUUUAUAUGUUUGCUUUUUAUGUUAUUUUAUGAAAAUUAAUAACAUUGCUUUGUUUGCAAUCAGCAGAGCAUUUUAA